GUAAAUUGGAUCCAUCAAAUUUGAAAGUGAGUCGAUUCUGAUUGUUAAAUCCAACUAUUUACCGUGGACUAACCGUGUACUAAGGGGCCAGACCAGACGGACAGGAUAGAAGCACAAACUUUUUAACUUUCCCUCCAAAAUUGAACAGAAAACGUCCAACUCUCAUCAGCCAAACAACCACAACAAACUCAUGUACAAUGUAUCCUUAUAUGGAAUUAGAGCUCCCUUUCGCUCGACAUUUUUCUGCGAAUGCGGCUGAUGUGAAGGUCGAUAGGGAUGAUCAGGUGUUGGAGAACUACAAGAGAUCGUUUCAAAUAGACGGGGAGGUGGCGUCGGCUGAUGUUUUGAGAGCUGAACUUUUUCACGUAAGGACGGAUGUAGAGAAUCUUACCGUGUACUCUCAGGAGCUUACGGCAAUUAAUGGUGAUCAUGCUGAGGCUAUAAAGAACACAUUUGAGCCCGAGAUCGAGACAUUCCGACGAGAGGUUCAAAGAGGAAGAUUCAGUGAUCAAACACUGCAUAUUCUUGAAUCGCUUUUGGUAUGCAAAGAUGUGAAGUCGUUAAUGGGAACACGAUCAAGAUUGACAGAGUUCAUGAGAUCCGAAUUUCUCUCUGUUAUGCGUGAUAUUAAAGAGAAAACUGUUCAACAGAAGCUUUGGAUUCUGGAAUUUUUUGUUCAUACUUUUGCUCUCUUGGGGGAUAUUGAGGCAUAAAUUCCUCUACUUAGAAUCUUUCUUAGUUUCAACUGCAAUGAAGAUCAUGAUUUUUCCUCCCUGUUGUCUCUAAAUUCAGAUGUAUGCAAUAUAAUCCAUGCUUAAUGGUUUGUGUUGGCAUUCUAGGGUUGUUUGGCGCUGAAAUA